AUGUCAGAGUUUCUAUAUCCUUCUGAUAAAGAUUUAUAUUCACUUUUAUCUCUUACCUCAGAAGCUUCCCCAGUUGAUAUAAAAAAAGCUUAUCAUCGCCUAGCUCUUCAGUAUCAUCCUGAUAAACACACUAAUUCUACCCCUGAGCAACGCGAAGAAGCAACCCGAAAGUUUCAGAGCUUAGGAUAUGCUUAUGCUGUACUUAGCGACCCUAAGAAACGUGAACGUUAUGAUAAGACCGGUGAUGUUGAGGGUUUUGAAGGCUUUGAUGAUAUGGGAAAGGAAGGUUCUUCUGAAGAACGUUCUGACCUCAUUGAUGCUUACAAAAAAUAUAAGGGUGAUAUGGACCUCAUUAUGCAACAUAUCGCAUGUGGUAGCAUUGAAGAUGAACCACGUUUCAUUGAAAUACUUCAAGGUGCUAUCUCUUCAAAAGAAAUUCCCUCAUACAAAAAAUUCACUUCUUCCACUGCCUCGGCUGCAAGGACGAAGCGUCGAAAAGAAGCCGAACGUGAAGCAAAAGAAGCUGAAGAAAUGGCUAAAAUGUAUGGCUUGGACCAGAAAUUGCUGAAAAAUAACGAUGAUGAAGAACAACUAAGACAGCUUAUACUUGCAAGAGGUGAGAAACGAAUGAAUGCAUUGGUGGAAAGUCUGGAAGCUAAAUAUGGAGGAAGUAAACCAAAAAAACAAAAAUCGACUAAGGAAAAACAAAAGACCUCUAAAAAACAAAAGGAGAUAUGUAUAUCAGAACAUCAAUAA